AUUCUCAAAAUUCAGAGGAACCCAUUUUCCACAUUCGAUGUCUAUAUAAGUUUGCUUGAUGCAAUUGUUUAAGCAUCUCUAGCUACACACUCAUGAAAGAGAUACUUUCAUCUUAAUUCUUUUGUUUUUCCCAACAAGGAAGCUAAGAUGGGUUACUUUCACUGUCACAUAACCCUUGUAUUGGGUUUCUUCCUCAUUUCAUGUGCUCCCUUACUUUCCCAUGCAGAUGUAGGCCUAAAAUUGCCACUGAAGGCUGUUAAUUUGGGGAAUUGGCUUGUCACGGAAGGAUGGAUGAAGCCUUCUCUUUUUGAUGGAAUACCUAACAAAGAUCUUCUGGAUGGAACACAAGUGCAAUUCAUGUCCACAAAAUGGCAGAAGUAUGUAUGUGCUGAAAAUGGAGGGGGAACUAAUGUUGUAGCCAACCGUGCCUCGGCUUCUGGUUGGGAAACUUUCAGGUUGUGGAGGGUCAAUCAGUCAUAUUUUAAUUUGAGAGUGUUCUACAAGCAGUUUGUUGGACUUGGAGGCCAAGGUGCCGGGAUAGUGGCUACUUCGACUACACCUGGAAACCAGGAAACUUUUCAGAUUGUUAGGAAUGAUGGUGAUCCCAAUCGAAUUCGCCUCAAAGCCUCAAAUGGCAUGUUCCUCCAGGCUAAUUCAGAGAUGCAAGUAACAGCAGAUUAUGGAGGGCCAUCUAGUUGGGCAGAUGACAAUCCUUCUGUCUUCAAAAUGACAAUCGUGAGCGGUGGCACUUUACACGGUGAAUACCAGAUUACAAAUGGUUAUGGCCCUGAUAAAGCUCGUCAAAUCUUGCAGGAACAUUGGAAUACUUACAUCACUGAUGAGGAUUUCAAAUUCAUGUCACAAAAUGGCCUUACUGCAGUGAGGAUUCCAGUUGGGUGGUGGAUAGCCAAGGAUCCCACACCACCAAAGCCUUUUUUUUGUCGGUGAGGCUAGAACUAGAAGUGUUCAUAUUUGCAAGUAUCACUUCAACUUAUCCAAGCUUUUUUGUAAAAUAAUUUGUGUACUCCGACAAUUUUGCAGGGGAAUGGACUGCAGAAUGGUAUGUAAAUGGGGCAUCAAUGGAAGAUUACCAGAAGUUUGCUGAAGCUCAAUUGCAUGUUUAUGGGAAAGCCACAUUUGGGUGGGGAUAUUGGGCUUAUAAAUGUGCAUCUGAGCACUGGAGCCUCAGAUGGAUGAUUGAGAACAAUUACAUAAAGCUCUAGAAACUGAAAUUGUAUUAAGUAAUUUUCUAGAAAGUUGCAUUAUGUCCACCGUACUUAGGAGUUCAAGUCCUGCUAAAUGUACGAGCAUAUCAAAGUGCUUUUUCUAUUAAAAUAAAUGAAAAGAAUAGUAACAAAAAGGGGAAAAAGUAGCCAGCUUUGGCAUUUCCCAUGAAGCUCCUAGUCCUCCCAUUUUUGUUUGUUUCAGUUCCUGAUUCUCCAAGGCAGAGAUACAUUCAAUGAAGAUUUGAUUUUGGGGUUGCUCAAGUUUUGAAAUUUUAGGUGAAUUUUAGGUGGGUUUUGUUUACCCUCAAUCUUUCUUCCUGACGAAAAAGGCCGGUUUUUUGUCGUUAUCCGUUUAGGUUGGCCAUUUAGAAUAUACAAAGGACCUUGCUCUGUUCACUGACUUUCAGCUAGCUCCCGCUUCGAACUCUCCGCUCCCCAUCUCACCUUCUCUGGCAAUGGCGGUCGCUUCCAGUUUCUUCGUUUCUUUUACCCAUAACUCCGUGAGUCAACCCAGAAGACUCUCGCAAUCUCUUUCUCCAAUCUCCCUCCCUCUAUCUAGAUCUCGUCCUCUUGCCCUUAAAUUCAGUCGUCGAUCCAACAAAGUCACAUGCAGUUCUGCAGGUGAACACAACAGCACCGAAAAAGACACCCCGAUUGAAUUGAGUGCGUUUUC